UUCUUCCUUAACCCUAACCCCCAAAAUCCACCAUUUCUGUACAAACAAUGAAGCAUUCAGUACAACCAAGAAGCACAAUAUUAAAGGAGAAUCACGAAGCAAUGUCGAGUCCAAACCCUAGCUCUACGAGGCAGAAAUGGCUGACGCCACCGCCGUACCGGAAGAACAAGUUGUCUAAAGAGAAUGCUCCUCCUUCAGAUCUGAAUUCUUCACCGGCUGUUCCCAGUAUGAAGAUGAUGAAGAGUCCGUUACCUCCUAGGCAUCCUAAUUCUAAUCCUUUGAAGCGGAAGCUCAGUGUUGAAUCUGUUGGUUCGGAGAUUGGCGCUGUUGCUGCUGGAUCUUCCGACUCUGGAGUUAAAGUUAUAGUGAGGAUGAGGCCACCAACCAAGGAUGAGGAAGAGGGUGAAAUUGUUGCCCAAAAAGUCUCUAAUGAUUCUUUGUCAAUAUCCGGACACAGUUUUACAUAUGACUCUAUCGCUGAUGUCCAAUCAACACAGCUAGAUAUAUUUCAGCUUGUGGGAGCUCCUCUUGUUGAAAAUUGCCUCGCUGGGUUUAACAGCUCAGUAUUUGCUUAUGGGCAGACUGGUAGUGGAAAGACAUAUACAAUAUGGGGACCAGCCAACGCCUUGUUGGAUGAAAACUUAACAAGUGAUCAACAAGGCUUAACACCACGUGUUUUUCAACGACUUUUUGAACGAAUUGAGGAGGAACAAGUCAAACAUUCUGACAAGCAGCUUGCCUAUCAAUGUCGGUGCUCUUUUCUUGAGAUAUACAAUGAACAAAUCACUGAUCUAUUGGAUCCUAGUCAGCGAAACCUCCAGCUAAGGGAGGAUGUGAGAACUGGUGUAUAUGUCGAAAAUUUGACCGAGGAAUGUGUUUCUACGAUGAAGGAUGUGACAAAGCUUUUGAUGAAGGGCUUGUCAAACAGGAGAACUGGCGCUACUAGUAUAAAUGCUGAGAGUUCACGUUCUCACAGUGUAUUUACUUGUGUUGUUGAAUCACAUUGCAAGAGUAUGGCCGAUGGCUUAAGCCGCCUAAAGACGAGCAGGAUAAAUCUUGUUGAUCUUGCUGGAUCAGAAAGGCAAAAACUAACUGGAGCAGCUGGAGAGCGCCUGAAGGAAGCUGGGAACAUCAAUCGCUCCCUGUCACAGCUGGGGAACUUGAUAAACAUUCUAGCAGAAGUUUCCCAAACAGGAAAGCAUCGGCACAUUCCCUAUAGAGAUUCCAAGUUGACAUUUUUGUUACAGGAAUCUCUUGGUGGGAAUGCAAAACUUGCAAUGAUAUGUGCCAUUUCUCCAGCCCAGAGUUGUAAGAGCGAGACUCUCAGUACCCUGAGAUUUGCCCAGCGCGCAAAGGCAAUCAAGAAUAAGGCUGUUGUCAAUGAGGAGAUGCAAGAUGAUGUAAACGUCUUGAGGGAAGUAAUACGACAGUUAAAGGAUGAACUGAUAAGAGUGAAGGCCAAUGGAUCUCAAGCAGAUCAAAAUGGAAAUCAUUCAUCGGGGUGGAAUGCGCGUAGAAGCUUAAACCUUUUGAAAUUCAGCCUCAACCGUCCAAUGACAUUACCUCCUCUAGAUGAAGAUGGUGACACAGAAAUGGAGAUCGUUGAGGAAGCUGAACUAUUAGGUCUCCUACCGGGAGGAAGUAAAGAGGUUGGUAUCUUGCGAAAAACUCUUUCCAAGAGUUUCUUGGUUGGUCCUUCUGAAGGAGGUAACGCGGGAAAGCACAGCUCAUGCAAGGGAGAGGUAGGUUCUGAGGAUGCAGACGUCACCAUGGAGGAAGAGGUACCUGAACAAGUUGUCCAAUCUGAAAACAAAGUUAUUCAUGGUGCUGGGCUGCAGAACUUAGAAAAUUGUUCGAUGGCUGAAGAAUCAAUUCACCAAAGUUGCGAAGAAGAAAAUGUUGAGGCUGAUUUGAAGAAAUCCAUGUCGAAGAGGCUUGAUAGUGAUUCUUCUCAAGAUUGUUUGCCAUCACUGGCCAUUAAUUUGCUCAAUCAAGGAGUAAAAGGGGAGCUGGUAGAAGAAAUAGCUUCAGAGCAAUGUGAAGGCUACAAUGAAAGAACUCCUGAAAACUCUUCUAAAUGUUCAGAGGGUGAUGCAGCCUGUAGAGACGUUAGUGUAGUUACAAAUGAUAUAUCUCCUAUUUUGAAAUCUCCCACUCCAAGUGUUUCACCAAGAGUUAAUAGCAGUAGAAAAAGUCUAAGGACAUCAUCAAUGCUGAGUGCUUCUCAGAAGGAUCUUAGAGAGAGUAAGCUGGAUGAACCACAUUUUUCCUUCGCAAAGCCUUCAAACAGUAUUUGUUUGGACUCUCAGGCUAAUAAAAGUUGUUUUACAUCGACUGAACAUUUAGCUGCUAGUCUACAUAGGGGACUUGAAAUUAUAAGUAAUCGCCAGAGUACAUCUUUGAGGCGGUCCUCGUUCAGAUUUUCUUGCAAACCUGCUGAUAUUAGAGCAAUUAUUCCAGUUGCUAAAGUAGAUGUUGGGGUCCAAACUAUUGUUACAGAUGAUCAGUCAUUUGAAGGAGGGUCAAUUUUCUUGUGUAGUAAAUGUAAGGAAAGGAAUUCCCAGCAAGAGCUUAAAUAUGCCAAUGAUGGCUCAAACAUGCAAUUGGUUCAUGUCGAUGAAUCACUGUUGGUACCUGCUGAUGGAUUACAGUUGGUACCUGCUGAUGGAUCACAGUUGGUACCUGCUGAUGGAUCACAGUCCUGCGAAAAGUUCAAGAUUCAAGUACCCAAAGCUGUAGAAAAAGUAUUGGCAGGAGCAAUACGGAGGGAGAUGGCACUUGAAGAAAUAUGUGCCAAGCAAACUUCUGAGAUCUUGCAACUCAACCGCUUGAUUCAACAGUACAAACAUGAGCGAGAAUGCAAUGCCAUUAUUGGCCAAACACGCGAGGAUAAGAUUGUUCGUCUUGAGAGCUUAAUGGAUGGAAUUUUACCAACAGAGGAGUUCAUGGAGGAUGAAUUGUUAUCACUCACUCAUGAGCAUAAGCUUCUGAAGGAGAAAUAUGAGAAUCAUCCAGAAAUAUUAAGUGCGAAAAUUGAAAUAAGAAGAGUUCAAGAUGAGCUGGAACAGUAUCGAAACUUCUUUGACUUGGGUGAGAGGGAUGUUUUGAUGGAGGAGAUUCAGGAUUUGAGAAGCCAGCUCCACUUCUAUGUAGAUUCUUCACCGAAGCCAUCCAAGAAAGGAAGUUCUCCUCUGCAAUUAGCUUAUCCAUGUGAGUCAAGUGAGCCUUCGGCUUUAUCCACUAUUCCAGAGUCAACUGAGGAGAGUGCUGAACAGAGACUUGAAAAGGAGAGGAUUCAAUGGUCCGAAACAGAGAGUAAAUGGAUGUCUCUUGUAGAAGAAUUGAGGUUAGACUUAGAAGCUAGCCGCAGCAUGGCUGAAAAGCAUAAACAAGAACUGAAUUUGGAGAAGAAGUGCUCGGAAGAGCUGAAAGAAGCAAUGCAGAUGGCAAUGCAGGGACAUGCACGCAUGCUUGAACAGUAUGCUGAACUUGAAGAGAAACAUAUGCAAUUGCUUAUAAGGCAUAGGAAGAUCCAAGAUGGUAUAGAGGAUGUCAAGAAAGCAGCUGCAAAGGCAGGAGUGAGGGGUGCUGAAUCUAAAUUUAUCAAUGCUCUUGCUGCUGAAAUUUCAGCUCUAAAAGUGGAAAGGGAAAAAGAGAGGCGCUAUUAUAGGGAUGAAAAUAAGGGGCUUCAGGCCCAACUGAGAGAUACUGCUGAAGCUGUACAAGCAGCUGGUGAAUUGCUUGUGCGGCUUAAAGAGGCCGCAGAAGCUAUCACAGCUGCUGAGAAACGAGCUAUUGAGGCAGAGCACGAAGCUAAGACAGCUUACAGACAGAUUGAUAAACUGAAGAAAAAACAUGAAAAGGAGAUCAACAAUUUGAAUCAGUUACUUGAAGAAUCCCGUCUGCCUAAAGAGAGAUCAGAAGUCAUUGAUAAUUCCGAGACAAUAACAUAUGAUGCAAGGGAGAUGAAUCAUGGAGGUGAUCAGCUGAGCAGAGAAGAAUAUGAGUCAUUUUACAAUAGAGAAGAGGAGGACUUGUCAAAAUUAGUAGAGCCCUCUUCUUGGUUCUCUGGAUAUGAUAGGUGCAACAUAUAGACUAGACAAUAUGUGAUGUAAAGGUGGUGGGUGUUUGUUGUAUGUACCAAUAAUAGUGUGUUUACAUAGUUUUGGAAAGGUGUAGCUUUUCUCUUCAAAUUUCAAUGAUAGGAAUUGUCUCACCAAUUGUGAAUGAAACAACUUAAUCUAUCAAACUCUUAUGUAUCCAAUUCCUUCAAUUG